CCCACCUCGGUAGUUCAGUGUAAAUCUCCAUCUCCAUCUCAUCUCCAAUGCGCCGUCUCCGCUCCCGAUGUGGACCCGAACAGUACGAGCUUGCUAGAUAUAACAACCACCGAACAGCCUUAACCAGCCUGCACGCAAGCACAAUACAAGCCCAUUCUUCGAAAUCCAACGAAACACCAAACAACAAAACAGUCAAAAUGUCUACCACCAACACCGACAACACCCCAAAAAACAUCCGCCCCCUCUCCCGGUACAUAACAACCCACAACGAAACCGGACAGGCGAUCUUCUCAAAAGCCCUCUCGGAAACCAUGCCGGUGCAGCCAAUCCCAGAUAGCGCGCACUUUUCCCUCGCAUAUACCUCCUCGCAUUUCCCCGCCCGCCUGGCAAACGAUAACGAUAUCCCCGAGUACGCGCGCUACCUGGAGCCCGGGAACUCGCCGGGCCUGGUUAUCUCCAGCGGCUCGGUGUGCCGUAUUGUUGAUAUGCGGCCCGGAGCGUUAAGCCCGAUGCAUCGCACCGUUAGCUUGGAUUAUGGUGUUGUCUUGGAGGGGGAGGUGGAGCUGGUGCUGGAUUCGGGGGAGACGAGGUUGUUGAAGAGGGGGGAUGUGGCGGUUCAGCGCGGGACGAACCAUGCGUGGAGGAAUGUGACGCCUGGGAAUAGCUGGGCGAGGAUGCUGUAUGUGCUUACCCCGGCGGAGGGUGUUGAGGUUGGGGGUGUUAAGCUGGGAGAGGAGUUGGGGGAUAUGGGGGUUAGGGCUAGUUCUUGAUUUUGGUGGAUUGGUCUAUAGAGGGAAAUAACAGAGGUGUAUUUAGAUGUUGGAAUGGAUAUCGAUAUUGUAUAAGAUACUGUGAUGGGUAUUGUAUGAUUGAAACACUACUCUGUACUAAAAGCAGUGCUAUAUGGCCUGUGCUAGCUAGUAUUCUCCUCCAAUCUCAUAGUGGAAUAUCCGAUCAUUAAUCCUUCCUCCAGUGAAUCUCCAUAGCCGAGCAACAGACGCAUUCAACCAGCACCCAUGUAACAUCGACUGAAUGAAGAUGAACUCUGGCAGGUUGGACCCCGCCGCGCG